AUGGAAAUUUACAUGGGCAAUGCCCCUGAGGACGAAGCAGAAGAUGGACCGUACGGAUGUUCCGUACAGAACAGAUUUGUGAUUAUCUAUCAAUCCUUCUUUGAUCGGAUUGUGCCUUAUCUCGCCUGCCGCUGGCUUUCUUUUAUCUUUCUUCUCGCCGUUUAUGUUUUAAGAGUUGUCCAAACCCAGGGCUUUUUUGUCGUUUCUUAUGCCCUGGGAGUGUUUCUCCUCAGCCAAUUUCUUGGUUUCCUGACCCCUCAAGUUCAGCCAAGUUUGUCACGAGGUAAAUUUCUCUGCAGGGAUGAAAUUAACUUAUGCCUAGACGCUGAUCCGUUACUUCCAACUAAUUCGGACGGCGAAUUUAGGCCAUUUAUGAGGCUUUUAUCGGAAAUCAAAUUCUGGAAGAAUUGUACUUUCGCCGUCAUGCUAAGCAUCAUAUGCACAUUUUUCCCUAUUUUGGACCUGCCCGUUUUCUGGCCCAUCCUCUUACUCUAUUUUAUCAUACUUUGUUACGUCACUCUACAACGACAAAUUGCUGUAAGUCUGCCAUUUGACUUUACCGUGCCAUUCUUGUUUAUUUUCACCAAACAGUAUUCAGAACAUAUGAUCAAGUACAGAUACAUGCCCUUCACCUACGGUAAACCGCGCCCUCUGUCAAAAGGCGGAAGUGAUACUCAACCGUUAACAGUUGAGAUAAUCUCGCUCAUUGGAUUUCAAACAACCACCGCACUGCGAUGCAGUCUCGACAAGUACGCUGCGAUAGCCUCUGGGUUCAUUUUCCGUAGCAAGCCGGGCAGGGCAUACCCGGGGUUUCAAUUUGUUGCUAGUUGA